CUCCGUAAGCAAUGACGCUAGCAGUUUCAACAUUGUUGUUGUUUGGAGUUUGGACCAUUUUCAGAUUCCGCUCUUACCUUUUUUUCUUCAUAUAUUGCUUCCUAUUGGCUGCAGAUGCUCAUUUGCUCACUUCACUGUGUCUCAGUUGGGUUGGAGAGUAAAUUUGUUAUGCACAACUGUGAGCAGUUCUUGGUUGAUUGAAAAUGCACAGACCUUAGUGCAAUCCAGAAUAUUUCGUUGGCAUACAGAGGACCACUAUUUAUAGCUAACUCCUACUUGCUUGGGAUUGAGGCGUGUUGUUUUUGUUGUACAGUACAGUAGACCUCUAACGUGGUGAAAUUUUGGUAGAGUGGUUACAGAAAAUGAUUUUCGAUGCACUAGUUUGGUAUUGCAAGCCGGAGGCAAAUGGGAUAUGGGCCAAAGAAACUGACAGCGCUUUUGGUGCUUAUACACCAUGUGCUAUUGAAUCAGCUGAUUGUAUAUCUAAUGUGGUUCUUUUUGUGCUGUGUGUGUAUCGCUUAUGGCUGGUCAGGAUGGACCACGAAGUUCGCAGAUUCCAGUUAACGUCGAAAUAUUACAAUUACAUAUUGAUCCUCUUGGGAAGUUGUUGUGCUGCUGAGCCGUUGCUCAGAUUGUUUAUGGGCAUUUCAAUCUUCAAUCUGGAUGCAGAAACUGACCUUGCUCCUUUUGAGAUGGUUUCUUUGAGCAUUGAGGCACUUGCUUGGAUGUCCAUUAUUGUUAUGAAUCUAGUGGAAACUAAAGUCUAUAUCAAAGAGUUCCGAUGGUAUGUCAGAUUCGGAGUAAUCUAUGCCUUGGUUGGUGAACUUGUGAUCCUCAACUUCGUUUUUUCAAUGCAGAGUUUCUACUCGAGGUUUACACUGUACAUCUAUUACAGUUCAGUCAUCUGUCAGAUUGUAUUUGGGGCUCUGCUUCUUGUCCAUCUUCCUCAUUUGAAUCCUUUCCCUGGCUAUAUUCCAUUAAGGAGUGAGUCCAUUGAUGAUAAAACCGAUGAAACAAUCCUUGGAGAAGACCAUAUUUGUCCUGAGAGAUAUGCAAGCAUUUUGUCAAGGAUAUCUUUUGGAUGGAUAACCCCCCUCUUGCGACAAGGCUAUAACAGACCAAUCACUGAAAAGGAUGUUUGGAAGUUAGACUCAUGGGAUAAGACAGAGACAUUGAGUGCAAGAUUCCAAAGAUGUUGGACUGAAGAAUCUCGGAGGAAAAAACCAUGGCUUCUACGCGCUUUGAAUUGCAGUCUUGGAGGCAGGUUCUGGUAUGGAGGUCUCUUCAAAGUUGGUAGUGAUCUUUGUCAGUUUGUGGGACCACUACUACUUAAUCGUCUCUUAGAGUCUUUGGAACGCCGUGAUCCAGCUUGGAUUGGCCACUUAUAUGCUUUUCUGAUAUUUGUUGGGGUGGUAAGAUUCAAUCUUCAUCAUAUUAAAAGCAUAUAUUUCAUUGCUUCCCCUAUAAUAGCACCAAGAUGGUUUACCAAAUUAGUCGCAGCCAUAUUCCGCAAAUCUGUAAGAUUAACACUUGAAGACCAUAAGCAGUUUCCAUCUGGAAAAAUUACAAAUAUGAUCACAACAGAUGCUAAUGCACUUCAGCAAGUAUGCCAGCAGCUUCAUGUUUUAUGGUCAGCUCCAUUUCGGAUUGUCAUUGCCAUGGUUCUUCUUUACCAGCAACUAGGUCUAGCUUCACUUCUGGGUGCUCUUAUGCUAGUAUUGAUGAUCCCAAUGCAGACAAUUAUUGUUAGCUAUAUGCGAAAACUAUCCAAAGAAGGAUUGCAAUAUACUGACAAAAGGGUUGGCCUAACUAAUGAAAUACUUGCUGCAAUGGCUGUAGUGAAAUGUUACGCAUGGGAGAAGAGCUUCCAAUCUAAAGUCCAAGGAUUGAGGAAUGGUGAACUUUCUUGGUUCAGGAAAGCACAGCUAUUGGCAGCGUUCAACAAUUUCAUGCUGAACAGCAUCCCCGUUCUCGUGACAGUGAUUUCAUUUGGAGGUUUCACUUUGCUUGGUGGAAAUUUGACAGCUGCCAGAGCUUUUUCAUCACUUUCUCUCUUUGCAAUUCUGAGGUUCCCUUUGAACAUGCUUCCAAACAUAAUAACUCAGGUUGUAAAUUCAAAUGUAUCUUUGCAACGAAUGGAGGAGUUGUUCUUAGCUGAAGAGAGAGUGCUCUUACCUAAUCCACCACUUGAACCUGGGCUUCCUGCGAUUUCAAUCAGGGACGGAUUCUUUUCAUGGGAUUCUAAGGCUGAACAACCCACUUUGUCAAAUAUUAAUUUGGAUAUACCAGUUGGUGAGCUAAUUGCUAUUGUGGGUGGGACUGGAGAAGGAAAGACAUCUCUGAUUUCAGCAAUUCUUGGGGAGUUUCCUCCUUUAGGCAAUGCAAGUGUCACUAUCAGAGGUUCCAUUGCAUAUGUUCCUCAAGUUUCCUGGAUCUUCAAUGCCACUGUACGUGAAAAUAUAUUAUUUGGUUCCAACUUUGAACCAACAAGAUAUUGGAAGGCAAUAGACGUCACUGCAUUGGACCAUGAUCUUGAGUUACUUCCAGGUGGAGACCUUACAGAAAUCGGCGAAAGAGGAGUGAAUAUUAGCGGAGGACAAAGGCAAAGAGUGUCGAUGGCUAGAGCUGUCUACAAAAAUUCCGAUAUCUAUAUAUUUGAUGAUCCCUUAAGUGCUCUUGAUGCACAUGUUUCCCAUCAGGUUUUUAAAAACUGUAUAAAGGAAGAAUUGCAAGGAAAGACUAGGGUGCUUGUGACAAAUCAGCUGCAUUUUCUACCUCAGGUGGAUCGGAUCAUUUUGGUUUCUGAAGGAAUGGUGAAAGAGGAUGGGACCUUCGAGAAGCUUUUGGAACAUGGCACACUUUUUCCAAAGCUAAUGGAAAAUGCUGGGACAAUGGAAAGUUAUGGUGUUGAAACUGAAUAUGACCCAAACUUUGACAGUGAGAGUUCACAGUCUUCAAACACAAGGCAAGAGCACCAACAAGAUGUAACCUCUGUAACCAAAAGGAAGGCUGGUAAAUCUGUUCUUAUCAGGCAGGAAGAGCGGGAAACUGGUAUUAUCAACUGGAGUGUUUUGAUGAGGUACAAAGAUGCUUUGGGAGGUUUGUGGGUUGUCAUGAUUCUGUUUGGCUGCUACACAUUGACUGAAAUUCUUCGAAUUCUGAGUAGCAGUUGGCUAAGUGUCUGGACCAAAGCAAGUUCCUCACAGAGCAAUGGAGCUGGAUUUUAUAUCUUGGUGUAUGCUAUUUUGUCAUUCAGUCAGGUGAUUGUAACACUGGCAAAUUCCUUCUGGUUGAUUAUCUCUAGUCUAAAUGCAGCUAAAGGGAUUCAUGACACCAUGCUGCAUUCAAUACUUCGAGCACCAAUGGUAUUCUUCCACACUAAUCCAUCUGGACGCAUAAUCAACAGAUUCGCAAAGGAUCUUGGAGAUAUUGAUCGCAAUGUGGCAAAUAUUGGUAAUACGUGUCUCAGCCAAUUGUGGCAGCUGCUCUCGACCUUUGUUCUAAUCGGAGUCGUCAGCUCUAUAUCUCUGUGGGCCAUAAUGCCACUUCUAAUUCUAUUUUAUGCUGCCUAUUUAUAUUAUCAGAAUACAUCCCGCGAAGUGAAACGUCUAGAUUCCAUUACCAGGUCCCCUGUGUAUGCGCAGUUUGGAGAAGCUAUAAAUGGUUUAUCAACCAUCCGUGCAUAUAAAGCACAUGACCAGUUAGCUGCCAUUAAUGGGAAGUCUAUGGAUAACAAUAUCAGAUUCACUCUUGCCAACACAAGUACAAACCGCUGGCUUACCAUAAGGCUUGAGACACUAGGAGGCAUAAUGAUCUGGUUGACUGCAACUUUUGCUGUUAUACAGAAUGGGAGAGCAGAUGACAAGGUUGCGGUUGCUGCUACUAUGGGUCUGCUCCUAAGUUAUUCUUUGAAUAUUACUACCUUACUCAGCAAUACUCUGAGACAAGCAAGCAGAGCUGAAAAUAGUUUAAAUGCCGUUGAGCGUGUUGGUACAUAUAUAGAUUUGCCAUCAGAGGCUCAAAAUGUCAUUUGCAGCCAGCCUCCUCCACACUGGCCAUCAUCAGGGUUCAUCAAAUUUGAGGAUGUUGUCCUACGUUACAGACCUGGACUUCCUCCUGUCUUGCAUGGUUUGUCAUUCGAAAUUUCUUCAGGUCAAAAAGUUGGCAUUGUUGGAAGAACUGGUGCUGGAAAAUCGAGCAUGCUAAAUGCUCUGUUUCGAAUUGUGGAACUUGAAAGAGGGAGAAUAUUGAUUGAUGAUUGUGAUGUUGCUAAUAUUGAACUGAUAGAUCUUCGAAGUGCUCUUAGUAUCAUACCUCAAUCGCCAGUUCUUUUCUCUGGUACUGUACGAUUUAAUCUUGAUCCUUUUAACGAACACAAUGAUGCUGACUUAUGGGAAUCAUUAGAGCGGGCACACUUGAAGGAUGUCAUAAGAAGGAAUACCUUCGGUCUAGAUGCUGAGGUUUCAGAAGGUGGCGAGAACUUCAGUGUUGGACAGAGACAACUUUUAAGUCUGGCUCGAGCAAUACUGCGAAGGUCAAAGAUCCUUGUUCUUGAUGAAGCCACAGCAGCUGUUGAUGUUAGAACUGAUGCACUUAUUCAGAGAACCAUAAGAGAAGAAUUCAAAACAUGUACAAUGCUCAUUAUUGCUCACCGUCUAGACACCGUAAUUCACACCAAUUGUAUCCUAGUGCUUGAUGCUGGGAAGGUUGUUGAGUAUGAUACUCCACAGAACCUCUUUCUUAACGAAAGAAGUGUUUUCUCUAAUAUCGUUCAGAGCACAGGGGCUGCAAAUGCCCAGUAUUUACGUAACUUAGUAUUUAACGAAGAAAGAGAUGAACAUGUUCAUGGAAGAAGAACUCAUGCAUAUAAAUGGGAUGAGUAGAUGAAGGUAUCUUCUCAGUGGAAUGACAAAGGAGGCAAUUGUAUAUCUGACAAAUGUUUUGGAGGGGAACUCAUUAUUGAAGAGAUAAACUUAGUUGCUCUAAGGUUCCUAGAGAAAAAUGGUGGUCAAUUUUCCUUUAUGUUAUUGAAGAUACAAUUUUUGUUUUGCUUCUACACUUCUCAUUUCCCUCUUUCACCAUAUUACUCCUAACUUGGAUGGUUCCUCAUAUUUUGCAAAAACAUAACUUCUAGCCAAUACUAUAUCUACAUUGCAUACUCUUUUUCUA